AUCACUGCCUGAGGGACUUCAUGGACUGACUGUGACACAAGCGAGUUUCUCCAACUCUGGAUCAUCUGACUAGGGUCUGGCAGCUCUGCACGGUUGCCCAAGGGCGGAUCCCACCAUUAGGUUGUCUGGGAAGGGCGAUCAUCUCCAAGGAUUACGCUUAUCAGUGGGCAGCGAAGACCAAACGUAUCGAUCAACCAUUCAAUCAUCCGCUCGAUUUAAGCGUAUAUCUACAGUUGAGUGCUAGAGUGAUGACUCAAUGGUGUGCUCGGAGUCGCCAGCUCGCUCACCACCCCCCAUCAAUGAUAAUUGGCUGUGCCGGUAUUCAACCCUCCUGGCAAUCAGGGCGCUCAGGUCUUUUCGGCCCUACAAAGGUAGUGUCAUGAUGCUGACGGAUCGCCUCUGCGUCAAAUAUGGUGCUCAUGUACACAUGGCUGAGGCAUUGGCUUUGCUAUUCUCUGCAUUUACACAUGGCGACUUUACCUACAUUGUGAUGGAGAGGAUCAAAGGAGAGAUGAUUGCUACGGGCUGGGUCCCCCGAAGUGAAGAUUCGAAAAGCAAACUCUUGGCACAAUUACGUCAGAUGGCCCAGGAAAUGCGACAGCUUAAACCUCCGGAAGGCAUGGGAAUAGCCUCGGUGGACGGGGGUUCCCUUGUUGACCCCCGCUUCCGAGGCGCUGUCCGACGCGUUGGGCCAUUCUCAACUAUACAGGAUUUCCACCGGCAUUUGCGCGAGGGCUUGGAGUGGGAUUCUAGACUCGACCCAGAAGCACAGGGACUGAUCAAGCAGCACGAGAACAAUUGGCCUCUGGUAUUUACUCACGGUGACCUUAGCAGCCUCAAUGUCCUAGCCCGUGGUGAUCAGAUUGUUGGCAUUAUCGAUUGGGAAACCGCUGGAUGGUUUCCAUUCUAUUGGGAGUAUACCACGGCUUGUCAAGUCAACCCACAGAACUCUUUCUGGAUUGAAGAAAUUGACAGGCUUCUCACGCCGAUGCCAGAAGAGCUAGCGAUGGAACAGCUUCGCCAGAAAUACUUUGGAGCUUUCUAG